UUAAACCUUUUAUACUAUGCAAUUCAAAGUCAUGAUAUUGGUACAUUCAUUUAUUGGUGUAGUUUCUUUUAACAGAAAUCCAAAAGUACCAUAUUGAAAUGGCUGGGAAUUUAGGUAAGGGUACAACAUACUCAUUCAGCACCAUAGACAGCGACACCCUACAAUGCACCUCCAGUUAACGAGUUCAAUGUUUCAUUGUGAUUUUUUAAAAAUUAUUUUGUUUAUUCUCAUCUGAAUUUUUCCUAUUAGAAACAACAAUCCAAAAACCAUCGUUUCUAUUCAUUAUAGAUGUUGAUAAUGGAUAUUCAUUAUGAAUAUUGAAGGAACAUAUCAGUAUGAUACAUUCUUGGCAAACUUUUCUCUGGUUUUGGUUCUGUUUGAUUACACGUGUGUGACUUUGCACUGCAAUGGUUAUUUUACACUUUACUUGUAAUAUGUACUUUCAACUCAAAGCGUCGCUGUUGGCAAGCGUGUUGCAGUUAAAGUAGAUGUUAUUUUUUCUCUCUAUGCCCUUCCCAUCCGCCUUCAUAUGUUGUACAAAAAACCGAGGAGCGCUGUAUACGUAGUCCGAGCUCGAAAGGAGCUCUGACUGGAUUUGUUUUGUUGGACAUAUCUUCUCAUUUUAUUCUUUAAAUGCGGAUAUUUUUUUGUGAUCUACCUUCAGACUGACUGCAUUGGGAGUUAUUUUGUUUUUAUGGUGUUGGAACCGUCUUCAGUCAGAACAAUGAGACGGCAAGUACUGUUGUUCAUGUUGGCCCUAUGUCUCGGCUGCGUGCUCGGCCAAGUCAGCUAUUCAAUUCCUGAGGAGAUGGCUAAAGGCUCUGUAGUUGGUAAUAUAGCACAUGAUUUAGGUUUGGAUCUAAAAAGGUUGAAAUCGGGUAAAGCUCGUGUCUAUACAGGAGGUAGCUUAGAAUACAUCGGGCUGAAUAAAGAAAGAGGGGUCCUCCUUAUUCAGGAGAGGAUAGACAGAGAGGCUUUGUGCGGAGAGACGACGCCUUGUGCUUUACAUUUCCAGUUAAUUCUUGAAAAUCCAAUGGAAUUGUUUCGUGUAACAGUGGAGAUUAUGGACAUAAACGAUAAUACGCCCCGUUUUACAAAUGCAGAGAAACGCUUUGAGAUCAGCGAGUCUGCUGUGGUAGGAUCGAAAUUCGUUUUAGAGAAAGCUAUUGAUUCCGACAUUGGGCAGAAUGGACUACAGCGAUAUCUACUUACUCCGACUGAUAACUUUGUAUUAAAACCUGGAAACCAGGCAGACCGAAGUAAAAGGGUAGAGAUGGUUCUACAGAAGCCUCUAGAUCGAGAAAAGCAGGAAUACAUAUCACUGUUGUUAACUGCUCUAGAUGGAGGGGAGCCGCAGAUGUCGGGGACAAUGCAGGUAUUUGUUAAUGUAUUAGAUGUGAACGACAAUGCCCCUACAUUUGCAAAACCGUUAUAUAGAGCAAAAAUACUAGAAAAUUCACCGAAAAGCACCAGUGUAACGACUGUAAGUGCAUCAGAUAAAGACAUUGGUUCUAAUGGAGAAAUAUCAUAUCUGAUAUCUCCCAGUGAACAUGAUUUGACGGAGCUCUUCAAGAUUGACUCAAAAACUGGUGAAAUUAUUGUAGUCGGUGAAUUAGAUUAUGAAAAGUCUAAAGUGUAUGAAAUGGAUGUUGAGGUUGUAGACAGCGGGGGACUCUCUGAUUCAAGUAAAGUCAUAGUCGAUGUUAUUGAUAUAAAUGACAACAAACCUGACAUCAAUUUAAUUUCUAAAUCUGAUUUCAUAUUAGAGGACUCUCCUCCAAACACUGUUAUAGCUAUGCUCAGUGUAAAUGAUCUAGAUUCAGAAAAUAACGGAGAAGUACAGUGUAAUAUAGAUGCCGAUAUUCCGUUUAAAAUACAAAAUACAAUGAACGGAUUUUAUACUUUAGUGACUGAGGUCACCUUAGACAGAGAGGUCGCUUCACAAUAUAAUAUCACAGUGACGUGUUCUGAUGAGGGAGUGCCCUCUCUCUCCAGCAGCGUCACUUUCACCUUACAGAUCUCUGAUGUGAAUGACAACGCGCCUGUCUUUGAGAGGAGCUCAUAUGAGGCCUACAUUGUAGAAAACAACACACCAGGCCUCUCUGUAUUCACAGUAAAAGCCAGAGACGAUGACUGGAACCAGAAUGCCCGUGUUUCUUAUAUCCUGGAGGACUCCUCUUUUAACGGAGUACCAGUCUCCUCAUAUGUUUCAGUCAGUGCUGAUAGUGGAGUCAUCCAUGCAGUGCGAUCUUUUGACUACGAGCAGAUCAAAGAUUUCCAGUUCCGCGUCAAAGCGCAGGAUGGAGGCUCCCCUCCACUCAGUAGCAACGUGACAGUCAAAAUGGUGAUCCAGGACCAGAACGAUAACCCCCCUCAGGUCCUGUACCCAGUCCAGACUGGUGGGUCAGUGGUGGCUGAGAUGGUGCCUCGUGCAGCAGAUGUGGGCUACCUGGUGACUAAAGUGGUGGCUGUUGAUGUGGACUCUGGACAGAAUGCCUGGCUCUCGUAUAAACUGCAGAAAGCCACAGACAGGGCGCUGUUUGAAGUGGGCUUACAGAAUGGAGAAAUCAGAACUAUCCGCCAAGUGAAUGAUAAAGAUGCUGUGAAACAAAGACUGACUGUUAUAGUGGAGGACAACGGGCAGCCGUCUCGUUCAGCUGCAGUCAUUGUUAACGUGGCGGUGGCGGACAGCUUCCCUGAAGUGCUGUCUGAGUUCACUGACUUUACACACGACAAGGAGUACAAUGACAACCUAACUUUUUACUUAGUGCUGGCUUUGGCUGUAGUGUCCUUCCUCUUCAUCACGUGUGUAGUCGUUAUUAUAUCAGUGAAAAUCUACAGAUGGAGACAGUCUCGCACCCUGUUCCACUCCAACCUCCCUGUGAUUCCAUAUUAUCCACCACGUUACUCAGACACUUUGGGCACAGGGACUCUCCAGCACGUGUACAAUUACGAGGUGUGCAGGACGACUGACUCCAGAAAGAGUGACUGUAAGUUCGGCAGAGCUGGUAGUCAGAACGUGCUGAUAAUGGACCCCAGUUCUACAGGGACCAUGCAGCGGAUACAGAGUGAGAAGAGCAUCCUGGAUGAACCUGACUCUCCUCUAGAGGUUAGGAAACUGCUUAAAUUUAAACCUUUUAUACUAUGCAAUUCAAAGUCAUGA